AUGAAGGGACCUCCUGGGGAGACCUCUACGAACGCCGACAAACCCGUGCCAUGCCGCGUCGUCGGCAAGGAAGUGAGUGCGUCAGAAACGACGGAGGAGACGGAGGAGACGGAGGAUGUUGGUUCUCUUGCUCAUUGUAGGGUGUGCAACGACGGAGGCGACGACGAGAGCAUGCUGCUGUGUGACGUUUGCGACAACGGGUUUCACAUCUACUGCCUGAGUCCGCCACUGGCGGCGAUACCGGAGGGAGAAUGGCAUUGCUCGGAGUGCUCGAAGAACAUGCCGGAUUGGGCGAGAUUCAAAGUCAAUGACAGGUAG